AGCAGCAGUGCUGUGUUGUUGGCAGAACUAUAAGUCGAUCCCCUCUUUCGCAAACCAAACCACUUUUCUCUGAGAAUUUGGGUCUGCCUCUCUCCAAUGUAUUUCUUAUUGUGUGUGUGCUGCUGCUGGUUGAAUCCUCUUCAUCAGUUUUAUCAGAGGAGGGCGACCGCACGGGCUGGCUCGACUUUUAUUUACCUUUAUUUUAGUGAGGCACAAGCAGCAUAACAUAAGGUGCAAGGCAAAAGGAGAAACAAACAAAUCGUCCGAUUGUUCAUUUUUUAGACAACUUUGAUAAGUGUGAUUUAUAUAGUUUAAGUUUGUUAUCAAUUAAAGGAUAACUGUUGGACUAUAAUAGUUUGUUGGGUAGAUGUACCGACCGUGUAGUGUGUAGUGAUGAUUUAGAAAAUCGUGUGUGUGGUGGUAUGUAUCUAUAUAUAAUGCCAAAUGUGUAAUUAUUGUGCUGCAAUGUCGUCGCCAUUUCAUUAAUCAACACCUUGAAUUCCCAAUAUGAGAUCUCCAGCUUAUUGUAAUUUCAAGAUGCCAAAAAGUUGACUGCCCGUUUUCAAGCAUACGCCAUCGGGUCGGAUGAAUGGGCUGGGGAAAGUUCGUAGAAAAAAAAAAUCAAUUCAAAACCAUCCUAGUUUCAAAUGUGCUCGAUGGAACCUCAGCCAUCCUUAACAAAGCCAUUGUACAAAAAUUUCCUUGCGAAUGGCGCUCGGAAUGGGGGAUUUCAUGAUGAUGAAGAACUUCUGACAAAUGAGUCCAAUCAUCACCACCUCCCCGGAGGAAGUAGGAUAUUCAAAAACCCAAGUUCUACCAGCAGUAACAAUGUGGAGAAACGUGGACGAAAUAGAUCCCAGUCCACAACACCGCACUUAUCACCCUACACUGACAACUAUCGAAUCCCCCAUAGCAAGAAAACGUACCAAACUAAUCACAACACACCAUCGCGACGAAGUCCAUUUCAGCAUCAUUACCUAGCAAAUGGCGGUGGUGUAUCGGCCACGAAUACAAAAAGAUCAAGCCACCAUGGGAGUUUGGGUCAUCUCAGUGGUUCGGAAAGCGAGUUAACCUUAGCUCCACUUGGAUAUGGUAGUCGAGCUGUGAGCAAUUUGGAUGUCUUGGAUAACAGAAGUAACAACAGCCCUUAUCACCACCAACAAGGCGGAGGCCAUGUAGUAGUGAUCCCUGCUGCUGGGGGGACUACAAUUUUUGGAGGCAGCAGUGUCGAAAUUGGGCUGGACACGCCUAGUAGUUUUAUUGACAUGACGGAGCAGACGACUGUUGGUUUCGACAAACACAGAUCUUUUUGGGAGUCAAUGUAUGAUUACGAUGCUCAGGGUGAGGAUGAAUUAACAUUACGGCGCGGAGAGAUUGUGGAAGUGCUUUCAAAGGAUGCCAAAAUAUCAGGCGACGAAGGAUGGUGGACGGGGAAGAUUGAUGACAGAAUUGGAAUAUUUCCAUCCAAUUUUGUUGCCCAAGCAGACGCACGUUCUCUCAGUCUCAGUUAUCAAAUGUCCACUUUGUUGGAAGCUGUACAGCCACUUCAAAUUGACUUUAGUGAACUGCAGCUUGAAGAAAUCAUAGGCGUAGGAGGCUUCGGGAAGGUGUACAAAGGAAUUUGGAAGGAAGAAGAGGAAGUCGCGGUGAAGGCUGCGCGAUAUGACCCGGAAGAAGAUCUUGCAACAGCCAUUGCUAAUGUUAGUCAAGAAGCCAAGUUAUUUUGGCUCUUAAAUCAUCCUAACAUUAUUCAUCUUCUUGGAAUGUGCUUGGAACCUCCCAAUUUGUGCCUUGUGCUAGAAUAUGCUCGUGGAGGUUCUUUGAAUCGGGUACUAGCUGGAACCCAAAUUAGACCUGAUGUCCUCGUUAAUUGGGCUAUUCAAAUUGCUAAAGGAAUGGAUUAUCUUCAUAACUCUGCCCCAAUAUCACUCAUCCAUCGCGAUCUCAAAUCUUCAAACGUUUUGAUAAGUGAAGAAAUCGAAGCCGGAGAUGACCUUUCUGAAAAAACAUUAAAAAUAACGGAUUUUGGCCUAGCUCGCGAAGUCCAUAAAACUACGAGAAUGUCUGCCGCUGGGACCUAUGCGUAUAUGCCUCCUGAAGUGAUAAAGAAUUGCACAUUCUCCAAAGCAUCCGAUGUGUGGAGCUAUGGAGUACUAUUGUGGGAGCUGCUGACAGGGGAAACGCCGUACAAAGGAAUAGAUGGAUUCGCAGUGGCCUACGGAGUUGCUGUCAAUAAAUUAUCAUUACCUAUUCCCACAACAUGUCCAAAACCAUGGAGCAACCUUAUUGAGUCAUGUUGGCUCAUGGAUCCACAUGAUCGGCCAUCGUUUGAGGAAAUCCUGAUAGAGCUAGAAAAAAUCUCAAAAUCUCCCUUCAUGUUUAACGAAGGAUUUCACACAAUGCAGCAGACAUGGAGAGUUGAAAUUCAAGAUAUGUUGCAGGAGAUGUAUGCAAAGGAGAAAGAACUUCUCUCUUUGGAAGAAACGGUGAAGCAGAAAUUAAUGAUCCAGCAGAUGAAAGAAGAACGGUUAAAAAUGCGUGAACAAGAAUUGCAGGAACGAGAAAUUGAUUUGAUGGAAAGAGAAAUAAUCAUUGCUAUGAUGCAGCAAGGUCAUCAUCAUCCCGGACCAAGACCAACACCAAAAAAACGCAAAGGGAAGUUCAAACACAAGGCAUUAAAUAAGAAAGAGGCUGGAAAUAUAAUUAGUAUGCCAUCUGAUUUUCGCCACACAUUAACUGUUCAACCGGCAGAGAGGUCACGCCCUCGACUAUUGAGUUACUCUAGUCCAGAAACCCCUCCUGCUUCACCGGGGAUAGGCCGAUUGAGGGCAUAUGUUUUAGCACCUGAUGGACUGAAAGGCAAAACCUGGGGUCCUAGCUCUUUUCACCAACGAGAAAGGAGCCAUAUUCUGGAUAAAGGACCAGACUCUCCAAAGCGCUGGAGUAAAAGUGCACCAAACUUGGAAAAAUCUCAAAAAAUAGCCAGUGGAACUGUUGUUGGAACCCUCCAAGACAAUGAUCACGGCAAUCCAAAUCGGCCAGCUGGAGGGGUUCCUCUAAUUACACUGCCUCAAAUUCCUGUAAAUAAUGAGGGACGCCGCAGCGGCAAAAUGAAUUCCAUUCAAUCGGUUUUAUAUAAUGCCGCAUCGUUAUUAGCGGCGAUUGCUACCGGUUUCGAUAUAAGAAAAGCCACCACAAAAACUCAAGCCCAGUCAUUGAACGCUGGACAAGCCACUAUUUCCAUGAAUAAGGAACCCAAUGGAAUUCAUAACAGCGGUUUUGGAGAUGUUUUGGAAAAUGAAGUUGAUUUUGGAGAUGGACUGGUCAUGAGUUCUGCUCCGGCAGCACUUGUCUCAAGCAGCACAAAAUAUCCGCAUCAUACAUAUCAUGGUCAGACCGUUCACUACCGAUCGGCGCUGAGCAAUAAUCCGGCGAUGCAAGUAGCUAAUUUUCACGGGGAUCAUUCCUUGGACCAAUCAGAGCUUCCAAAUAUUAACUCACAGAAUAAUUCUUCUGGAUCUGGAAGCUAUAAUAGCGCUUCUGGUCAACUCAGUCAAACUAUUUCAAGCACUCCAAAUAUUUCCAACCGGUCGUCUACUUCUAUCAUGAAGCAGCAGCAACCACCGCCGAACCAGUCAGAUUAUAAAACUCAUGAAUCUGAGAUGUUUUACGAUACAGAAUCCGGUGCCCGCAUGCAGCCAGAAGGGAAAUUUCUUGACUGUCAUUAUACCAUUGAAGAAAUGCAACAACAUCCACAUUAUCCUCCGACGUCCAUCGUGUCGUCAAUUUCCAACCCAAUGUAUUCCAGCCCUUAUCGACGACCUCAUUCCAAUCCCAACCCAGCAAUUACUGAGAAGUUAUAUCCUCCAAGUCAAAGUAGCUACUGCAAGUCUUCGAAUGUUUUUUCCCGUGGUGGACCGGCGUCUUAUGAAGGAAAUAAUCUAGUCACAACGAUGAAAACUCCUGAGGUUUCUGCGUAUCCAGAUACAUUCCUUUACCAUAACCCUCUCCAUUACGGAAGCAGUGUGGAAGAUCUGAGUCCCAGUCAAGAGCCAUAUGAGACUGGGGAAUUUCUGUACCCAGCUACACCAUCUCGACAACUGGGGAGUGGAAGUGGUGAAUCUGGAUAUCAUGGGGGAUAUCAAGAUGCAAAUCAAAGCAGCUCCAUUAGUAGUUCAACUAGCACAAACUCUAGAACCCCUUCACGACAGCACGGGUCUACUGCAUUUCCUAUUCGAACAUCCUAUCAGCCCAGAAAUCCUCUGUCCUCCAUUGAUCAAGAUUUCACUCCUGGUUUUGAAAAUGAUGGUUUACCAUCAUCCCAUGGACAUUUUGGAUUGCCACCUCCAGCAUAUGGAAGAGGGGACGUUGAUCCGGACUCGCAAAGAUACAUUUACCAACAUCAAAACCAAGACGAUUUGGAAUCUACCUCUACAUUUACUUCUGAGCGUCCUAUAACCUUGGAGUUACCACGACCUCUACGCUCAAGUUUAAAAAAGUACAAUUACUCGUAUACCCCCAGUUCUAGAUCUGGAUCAACUUGCAGUUGGGCUGGUUCGGGUACAAUUACUAAUUUAGAAACACCCCCAGACAGUAGUUUAAGUGAAGAUAGUAGUUAUGUUUCUGCAAAAGACUCGUCUUUUCCAAGCAUUAAUUCACAACAUACCACACCACAGAAUCGUGUUCGAUUUUCUCCCAUUACAAUGGUUGAUCACAAGAGAAUGGAAAAUCUGUUAGAUAUGCCCGUUAUGGACCCAACCGUGCCAUUACAAGCUUAUCGCUCAAUUUCGUCUUAUUCGAGCAAUAAUCGUUCUGAAUACUCACCGAAAUUUCACCGAAAUCCAGGGGAUUAUGAUAAAAUUGAAUUUCUUCGUAAUUUUUAAAACCCGCAAAGGAAAAUGUGUGAAAUAGUCGAAUAGUUACAUAUAUUCAUAAUGUAAUAGAAUGCAUAAUACAAAUAUAGUUUUAGAUGAUUAUUAAAUGCGUUUGUAUAUGUAUUAUUAAUCAGAUUAUCGUUCCCUAUCAGCCUUUAACGACAAAACAUUAUUUAGGUAGACACAAAAAAAUUAAUUCAGACUGUUUUAGAACAAUAAUAGACAAAUAACAGCUGUACACGAAAUAUCAUUCACAAGGAUUAGCUUUAUUAUUUAGCUUUAAAUUGCUUGCCAUAUUUUAAAUAGUGUCGUAAUGUGGAUAAAAAUAGUAUCAUUUUGUGCUAUAUCCGUGCUUCCAUGCAGAAAAAUUCUGCAUUCAUAAUGAACUUGUUGUAUCUUGUUUACGCAUUACAAAAUCAGAGAAAAAAUGCCUUGUUUGUAUACCUAUAUGUUUUAUAUUUAUAUUUUUUACUUUCAAACUGGCUGCGCUAGAAAAGUAAAACAAUAAUUCCGUACACAGGUAUAUACAUACAUACAUAAUAACACACAAAAUCGUAUGCUUGUCGUGCAAUAAAAAUUCAUCUAUGUCAAAUAUCGUAUUCAUCCUACGCACAUAUUGUUGUUGUUUGAUAUCAUACCGUAAAUUGUUAAAUCUAUUUGGUAUACUUAUGUAGGUGAUACUUUGCUAGUCUAUUUGUGAAAAGUGAAAACAAACAUUUUGACAUAAGAGCUACUUAAUGGUUAUCAUCGUACCUUAUAUAAUACAUUCGACACACUAAUGUACUUAUCAAUUUUCCAUACAUCUAUUCCAUAAUGCCCAUGCCUGACUUUAAUUGAUUGGGUUACAAUUCUUUCUCCGCAUGACUUUGACUGAUUAUAUGACUUACUUAAAAUAAUCAGAAAUACUUAGAAUAUAAGCACAACGUCUUCGAUAGCCUAAUUUUUUGUACCAAAUAUCAAUUCAGCAGUCUAACCAAAUAAAAACACGCAAAUUACCUCCUUACACUCA